AUGGUAUCCUCAACAGGAGCAGCAGCAGCAGCCCCUGGCCCCGCGCCCCAUGGCUACACGCGCACGCUUCUUUGGAAGAAUGUCCGGUUGAAGCGAAAACACCCCAUCAAGACACUGUUCGAGGUGGUGCUGCCCAUUGCCCUCCUAGCCCUGAUGGGGUACUUGAAAUCCCAAAUGGCCGACACAAAUCGAGGCACGGGGUGGGCAACCUGGUACGGCCCGUCGGACCCUUUGUAUCACGGCUCCAUCCCCAACACGAAAUACGUUCAAACCGAGGCGACCAUGACUGGGCUCCUUCUGGAGCUCGGGUCGAACAGAAUUGGCUACGGAAGGGACCCGAUCGUGUACACAACCUGUCGGAAUGCGUUGUUGGCUGGUUACGUCAGCACCAACCGCACGUCUCCGUAUGCGUGGCCACCUCGAUGCCAGUCGUUGGGGCUGCCCAAGAAGAUCGCCAUCGUGCCAGACAACACGUUCACGAGGCAGUACUUUGCAGAGGCUGUGGGCCAAUGGUACCCCCGUGUGGAAUUGACAUCGAACAUCGCCGUACCGUCGUUUGCCGAUUCGGUAGUGUUUUUCCCCAAUGAACAAGCGUUGGAGGAUUCUAUUACAGGGGGCCGAUAUGGCGUGACGUUCGACUCGCCUCGUUUGGCAGCGGCGAUCGUGUUCACGGCGAUGCCAUCAACGCUGGGUACUCCUGGGAACAUUGAGUACUCGCUUCGCUUCAACACGACCACGGGCAGCUUUGGAUACAAUGUCGUGCCUCGUACGUCUGGGGAUGUAGUGGACUUGCUCCAGCGUGGCCUCGAUCCCGACGCCUACAGAGCAUACGCCCGUGAGGGGUUCUACACCCUCCAGACCCUCGUCACACGCUUUGCCACGUGUGUGCCCGACUGGAAGGAUGGCAAAACCACAGGCACUUGCACGAUGCCGAACGCCGUCGCAGCCGCCACCCCCCAAGUGGAUGCGAUGCUGCUGCAGCAAGUGUUCAACGACACCCGUUUGGCCUAUACGUUUUCAGCUGCGUCGAGCGGGAAAACGUACUAUUCCCCGCGCACGUUCACAUCCAACAUCUCAAACCCCUUCGGCUGCUCCCCCCAAGCCACGGGCGGGGGCCUCGUGUUUCCGUUCCCCGUGGUGGGGUUCACCGUCUCCCCCUUCUUCGAGACCGUGGACUUCAUCUUUGGCAUUGUGUUUGUGCUGUCGUACAUCCAAUGCUUGUCUGCGAUUCUAGUUGCGCUCAUCUCGGAAAAAGAGACCAAGACCCGCGAACUGCUUAAGAUUCUGGGCGUGCCGGACGUGGCCAUCGUCGGCAGCUGGUACAUCACGUACGGCGUCAUGCUGUUUGUGGCGUCGUUGGUGCAGGCGGGGGUGGCCAGCGCUGUCCUUUUCAAUCACUCGAGCGUGGUGCUCUUGUUCUUGUUCUUUUGGCUCUUCUCGUGCAGCUUGCUCGCGUAUGCGUACAUGGUCAGUGCGAUCUUCUCCAAGGCCAAAGUGGGGGCGUAUCUGGGCGUUAUUGGGUUCUUGCUCAUGUACGUCGUGUCCACGGCAUUCACCAACGAAUCGACCGCCGCGUCCAAGGUCUUGGCGUCGCUCUUAUCCCCCGUGGCACUAGUGUUUGGGGUUAACAACUUGGCCGCAUCCGAAACCAACGGCGUGGGUAUUACCUUCGACAACGUGAAUGAAUCCAUCAAGAGCUACAAGUUCUCGACGGCGUUGGUCCUUCUCUUGGUCGACUCGGUAGUGUACACUGUGCUGGGUCUGUACCUUGAACGCGUUGUGCCGAAAGACUAUGGCGUGACUGAGGCAUGCCAUCCUCGCGUCACGACGACAGAGUUGAAGGGGGGGCUGUCGUGCUGA